AUGCAAGAAGGACACCAGAACCCUAAGUUGAGUAAUCCUUUCAUGAAUCUUCAAGGAUACUCUGGUUAUGGCGGAUAUCAACAAUAACCUAGAAGCAUGUCGUUCCAAUCUUAUCCUGAAAUCGAAAAUCAACAAAUUUCGGGUAGAUCAGAACGUUUUGGAUCUCAUUCUGAACUUUUAUAAUCAAACAUAAUCUCACAACAUCUGCCCCAUCAGUAUAAUCAGUUUCAAUUGCCUUAACACCAAUUCAUCGAUUUUCCUCAAAAUUAAUACCAAAUGGGAUAAAAUAUGGGAUUUUUGCCGAAAAACUCUUAAAGCUAUUAGAAUAAUCAGCAUCCUAUUAAACAUACUUCACUUUUCGCAAGCUAUUAGCAAAAUAAAAUUGAAAGAGCCCCAGAAUUCAUGACUGUAACAGUGAUACCUCUGGAAGCACAUCUUAAUCCUUAUGAUAUGAUGGUAGAAGUUAACUCAGACAUCGACAAAAACCUAAAGCAAAUAUUUGCGAACCAAAAAUAUUGGCAGCCGGUUUUCGCCAAUCACUCACCCUUGAUACCUCCUCAUUUCAGCCUAAAAUGUGAAGGCUAUUAAUUCCCCAAGAAUCCAAAUGCUUUGCCAGUCGAAUAAUUCUGUGUAUCACAUUUCUUUGGACCUCUAGUUGUUGCAUUAUAAACUGAAACAGCCCCACCAGUGCUAAAGAAUUUCUAUCCCAGCUUUCUUGAUUUUCUUCGUGCUAUUAAUGAAGAAGAGGGGCGUAAUUACCCGCCACCUCCAAUUCCUUCAAUAUUAAAUAACCCUCCCUUUUUACCAACAACAGGAGACGAUAUCAAUAUGCCUUAGAGAUUUGAUAUAUAAUUCAUGACAUAAAAUUUGGUUAGGGUAUUAUAAGAGUCAAGUCUUGAAACAUUUUAAAAGAGAUUGGAACUUUACUUGAAGUCCAUAAAUCCGAUAAUAUUCUAUAUCUACAGAUAUAAGACAUCUUUUUGCGCUAACAAGUCUAAAGAUCAUGAUUGGAAUUUUUGCGUGUAUGCGCAUAAGCCUUUUGAUUUCCGACGACCUCCUGAUAAGAUCUAUUAUCUGCCAGAGAAAUGCAAAAACUAUAAUCAAGAGACUGGCCAGGGUUGUCGUGAAGAUUGCUAGUUCUCACACACCACUUUUGAGAGACUUUACCAUCCGAAUCAAUAUAAAACGAAUCCUUGCCAGUAAUUUGGCAAAAAGAGAAAGACAUGCUAGAAGGGGGAGCUGUGUGCGUUUGUACAUUAUGAGUACGAGCAAAGACAUAUCCCUUCUUGCGACAAAAUGAUUCUUUUUGAAAGAUUAAAGAGGCUCAUUAAUUAAGGCUUUUAAUAGUCUGGCCUCCAUUUUAUUAUCCUUCCAAACUUACCGGAAAUGACAGAGGAAGAGUUAAGACAUUUGCAGAGGAUUACUGAACAAUAAGCAACUAAUAUCCCUAUCAAUAAUUUAUCAACCAACACAUCCUCUCAAAUUGUUAACAAUCAGGCAAAGUUUGAAAUUUCAUCUCCCUUGAUGAAUAAUUUUGCAACCUCAAACGGAAACUUGUAAUAUUAGAAUGAUUUCUCUAUUCUAGAACUAGCAUCUUUAAGUUUAAAAUCUAAAGCCUUUACACCUAGCUACAAGAAAGCCUCAUCUUGCAACAGUCAGCCAGAUGACUAUCAUGGAUUAGAACUGAUAAAUUAAAGCCCUGAGAAAAUAUCUGAAAUAGAUGUGGAUAAAAUAUCAUUGGAGCUGCGUAAUAUUCAGCCAGAGCACCUCAUGAUUCAACCAAAAUCUCCUAUAAGACACCAGUCCUCAUCAUAAACUAACCUGAACUAUUAAUAUCUUAUUGAAGCCUAAGAGUUAACUUGUAAAUAAAAUGAUGAUGACCAGGAAUCAGAGAUGUAUUAAGUAAUUAUGAAAAGUAAGGAUCUAAUUAAACCCCAUGAAGACUCUUAAACUCGCACUAGCAGUAGAUUUCAGCAAUUUUUUGACAAGAUGGCAACAAGUGACGAUUAGUCCAGAAAAGGGACUGAGAACUCCAACCUUGCAUCUUACGAUGAAAAUGCAGCUGAAGAAGAAGAGCAUGAAGACAAUGAUGGUGCAGACGACGUUUUUCAUAGAGAUAUAUUCUAAAUGAACAUAGAAAACAUCGGAAUUAAUUAUCUGAAAGAUUAACACAGUGACUUUUGA